GCCAGAUGGUUCGCAUGCCAUCAUUUCACCAUUUGGGGGACUUUUGGGACCUUGAAUUUCAUCACUUAUUGCUGAAUUUCCACGAGCAAGGGAAGUGGAUUGGGACCCGCCAUGUCACCAUGUUCUUGAUGAGUUAAAGAGAGAGGAACCUAUGAUCAUCAGCUUCCAUGUCUUGGCGCCUUCGCACUGACUUUCAACUGGUCGACUCUCUCCUUAUAACCGUACGACGACAAAUCGAUUAUCACUCGUAUGAGCUGAUCGGCAGUCAGAAUGGCAAUAUUAGAAAAUAAUAAUAAUAAUUCGAAGGACUGGUUGCGAAGUGUAAAAGUGUCUAGUAAAGGAAAUCCUGUGUGAAGUUCAACAUUCUUUAGUUUGAGGACAGGUCAGUGGUCCAGCACCCGGAAAUAGGAAAACACUGAUGACGCGCAGACUCCACCUCAUCAUGCCAUUUAGCAACAGAUGAGCGGCGGUCCAUGUUCAUUCCUGAGCUCCCCCACCUCUGGGCUGGGAUGAAGGAAUAAACAGACUCCGGCGCUGGGCUCUGUAAUGUUUGUCCAGGUCGCGGAGCUGCCUGGCCCUGUAGCACCUUAGGUUCCCCGACUUUGAUCGCCGUUCCCCCGCGUGUGUGUCGACCCUGCCGCCGCUGGAUCGCUAUGGAUGCGCUGUGGAUGAUCCCCCUGCUGCUGGUCCCGUUCCUGAUGUGGACCAGCAGCACUUUCGUUUUUUAUUUCAAAAAGUGUUUUUACGUGGCCUGGAUGAUGCUGCUGGCUCUGCUGGCGAUCCCGCUGUGCAUCCUGAAGAGCGGCGGCAGAGACGUGGAAAACAUGCGAAUCAUCCGCACGUUGGUCCGUCAUGUCAAGUACUUUCUGGGUCUGCGAUUUGAAGUCAGCGGCUGGGAACACCUGCAGACAGAAGGGCCGUACGUCAUCAUCUCCAACCACCAGAGCUCGCUGGAUGUUUUGGGUCUGAUGGAGAUCUUGCCUGACCGCUGUACCAUGAUCGCCAAGAAGGAGUUGAUCUACGCCGGCACCGUUGGACUCAUUUGCUGGCUGGGCGGCAUCGUCUUCAUCAACCGCAAGAAGACCAGCGACGCUAAGAGCGUCAUGGCCGACGCUGCCCAAACCAUGUUAGAUGAGCAGAUUCGUCUGUGGGUGUUUCCAGAAGGAACACGGAACCAAAGAGGCGACCUGCUGCCGUUCAAGAAAGGCGCUUUUCACCUGGCAGUGCAGGCACAAGUGCCAAUCAUACCGGUGGUUUUUUCCUCCUACAGCAACUUCUACCUUCGAAAAGAAAAGCAGUUCAAAUCAGGAACCAUCAGAUUGAAAAUCCUCCCAAAGAUCGAGACCAAGGGUUUGACCUCGGAGGACGUGACAUCUUUGUCCGACAAGUCGUUCGACGUGAUGCGCUCGGCCUUCAUGGAGAUCUCUGACUCUGUAGCCCGUUGCAACGGGCCGUUGAAGCACUGAACUUGGCCCACAACCCACUUUUUCUCUCCGUGUCCAGACUCUGUCCCCGACCACCAUGCUAGCCCCGCACUGGACAGGAAACCCUCGUGGUCACGUGACCCCCGCCCCUUUUCCCGCCACAGCACAGUCCUGACCCUUGCAGCGUACGCAGCGCUUCGCGAGUGGAGUGAAGGACGACUCGAGCCGAACGUUAUGGAUGUGUGUUUGUUUUCCAUGCAUGCCUUGUAGAUGGCACGUCCAUCUUGUUCAUUCUUCAUGCCUUCAGUUCACACGUCAACCCUUACUUUAGUGUCAACACACUUUUCUUUACUCCUCUGAAGAUGCCUUUGCUUUCUUUGGACACAACUUCUUGCUCUUGAGUUCGGCAUUCCUGAAACAGUGGGGUAGGGGUUUCCACAAGUGGUCUGCUUUUGACGAUUAGAAGCUUCUCAAUCGAAGUCCCUCCAUGACAGGCUUCGUGACGUCGGCUCUGAAGGACUUUAGAGCUUCAGCGUUUUCUGGCUUUGUUAAACAUGUUGUUUCUCAGUGGCCCGAACUCACGUUCAAGUCUUCUUCCUGCUUUAUUUAUAUUAUGUCUCUUCCUGAGAUAUUUUUAUUUAAGUGUGAUGUCCCAUCAGUUCAAUGUUCCAAAGCUUCCUGCUGUGCCAUGUUUUGAGUUCACGGAUUCUCCUGCUCCAGAUAUGUCUAGAGUGGAGUUCGUGUGAGUAUUGAGGAAUUGUAUUUGCUGACAAACUGAGGAUGAGGUGGGACAGAGUUGGGAGGAAAAACCGCUAGAAGAUCAAUGAAAUUUUAACCCAGACUAUUUACACACAGAGAUAGUUAAGAUUGAAUGGUACGUCAUACUAUGAAGACGUACUGUACACAGAUGUGUGGUGUACACAGAUGUGUGGUCGAAAAGGGAGGGCUUUCACCAACUUUACAGAAACAUUAUUUCAGCCAUGCACUCGGAUGUAUAGAGUUACAUUGCUACAUUCAGACUGAGAAGCGCUGGGUCUUCAAGUUUUACGUAAUGUCACACAAAGACAUGUCUGUUUCAACAAGUGGUUUUUGACGUCCCAUUUUGAAACCUAGAAAUGUGUUCAUUUAAAAAUAAUUUACUGCUGUCAACAAUAUGACAUCUGAAUAUGUGAAUGUCAUUUUUCAAUUUUGGAUCCCAAUAAUUCUAUUUUCAUGUCCUUGUAUUUGCUUUGAUAUGUACAUAUUUAUUGAAAAAAAAAUUCCCAUUCAGUUUCAUUUAUAAUUACCAAUGUUGAAUUUUAAGACCAACUCUAUUUGGUUUGGUUGCUUUUUUGAGGACCUUCGUGUAGAUGUGAAGAACAUUGGUUAAAUUGUUGAUGUCAAUAAUUGCAACGUUACUCAGAUAUUUAUUAUAAACAACCGUCAUUUGUCCAAAUGGACACUUGAUGUCUGACAAUAUGGGUUGUUGACAUGAAGUUUGUUAGCUUUAGUCAUAGCAUUGGCAGCUCCACUUCAGUCAAAGAAAUGUUGGCUCCUGGUAGAAGUCAAAGGCAUUUGAAAGAAAACUGCAAACAUAGCAAGUGUGCUAAUGUAACACUGUCCUGGCUAGCCUCGCGCAUGGUUAGCGUCAAAAGGUAGCCAGCAGUGACCUGGUUUUUCCUGGACUUUGUCCCUCGAACUCCAUAUGGGCUGAUGUUUGUUUCUAUUGGAGGAUUGCAAAUGAUCCGCUUUCGUUCUUAAGUCAACUUUUCGGCAAUGUUUUGGCCUUAAUUACGAACGGCUGUUCUGACACCCUUUUUGUUCAAAACAAGACGACUGUUCACAUCCAGGUCUUGAGACGUCACAUGACAGAACUGCCUUUCGUGCGCCGUUUCGUAGAAGAAUCCAUCUCAGAAUGUAUUCCGGCAUCCCGAUAUUCGUGCAGUCGUUUUGUUUGUAUUCAAGUUGGAUGUUGUCUUGCACACGGUCCGUAUUAAAGCUAGACUGAUGUAUUCCUUCCAUCGUGUAAAUGUUGAUAUAUACGACGACUGACUUUUGUGCACACACGUGGGAAGGAGACUGUCGAUAACCAGUACUAAGCCUAUAUACCGCUGUUAAUAGUCGAGUGGCGUUCCAGUUCCCCGCCAGGCUUGAAGUGCACAAGGUUUCUUCUUUCAGUGGGGGUGUGAACGGAAUAUUUAACUUAACCCGACUAACUUUUAAAACUUAUUUAUUAAUCCUCCCUCUGUUUUUUUUCAACUUAACUAAUUUGAAUGCUGAUACCAAAAGUGGACCCAAAUUUAUGUAUGUUUAUGUUAUUCAUUGACACUGAUGACUAUAUCAUUAUGACCUGCCUGGUAUUGAUAUAUGCUCCUCCCUAGCUAAAGUUGAGGCUCCAUUGAAGUAUUUGUGCUGAGGAAGAGUGGUAAAUUACAUUUGAUAGAGCUUGCUCUGGAAAAAACCUUCCAUCGUGUUGGUCUACGCAGCGGCAAAUCCAAGUAACAGGUGAAUAAAGGAUUUGCCACGGAGUUAUUGAAGCACACCAGGCCUCUGUUGCUCUUUUGUCCUGUCCUUUAUUAUAGAGUGGACAGGUGUAAACAUGGGACCCGGAAGGAAUCUACAGUAGAUCAGCAUGGGAUGUCCACUCAACUAGUGAACUGAUUUGAAGGUGCUGAUGUAGUGUCAAGGAUACUGCCAGGCCUUCAAUUCAUUGACCAGUAUCCCGCGUCUUAUGCUAAUGCAAGCCCCCACUGAGCCAUGAUCCAGUUGUAAUACUCAAGUGCCCGUCUUUGGAGCCCUUAAAAAGUGGGCAGGUGCCUUCAUUGGGCCCCAUGGCUAACACCACUGGUCAUGAUCAUGUCCGAUGAGGUCAGGCCAGAGGAAUUGCUGAACUAGAGUCCGAACAUAGUGGAUCUAUGAGGAUGGUUGGCCAUCAAGGCCAGCUUUCAAUAUUCCAACGGACCAGAGCAGGGGUUGUGACUUGUCUGUUCCGACUAACCCUGGUACGACAGAUCGACAUCCUCUGGUCCCAGCAAAGUACUCACCCUAUUUGCUCUCAUGACAUACCUGCAACUGGCCCUAAAAGUGGCAGGAGGUGGACAAUAGCAGGAAGCUAAUGUGAAUCUCUUAAUAUUAGUUAGCUGGUCAUAAUGUUAGAGCCAUCCAGUGUAUAUUCACAAUUUUGUUGUCACCCUGGAUCUGCUAUGCGAACAGAUCCCCAGACUGAUUUGAGAAUUACAAAAGCACUUUGGUGCCGAUUCCCAGCGGCAAGAUUUUACAAAAAUGACUUCUUCUUCAUGUGUUUUUCUGAUUAUUUUCACCGAAGCUAUUAAAGUGUAACUGUCAGUAGCUUUUAGACAGAUCCCCGAACGAGUGCUGGCAGAGCCGUGUACGUGUGUGAAAACGUGCACAUCUUUAAGAGAUGCCCAUGAUUCGAGUAUCUGGCUUAUACUGAUGACGUAGUGUUCUUGAUUUCUGGGUCCAUGUGAAUGCCUUGCAAAAUAUUCAAUAAAGUUUUUUUUCUUUUU